CUUUAAAUUGCAGGACCAGCGCCUUAAUGUCCAAUGGAUCAGGCCCCGACUAGAGACAUCUUCAAUGCUGGGAUAACAUAGUAAUCUUCCGCAGUCUGCUGCUGCUGUUUGAAGUGAGGCAGGUCUAGACUCUCUUAUCAGCUGACAGUAUCAUUUCUUUGGAAGGAGAAAGUAAGAACGAAUGCGUGCACCUGAUAUUAAUCGAUUUACAAGGAGAACUGUAGAGGAGAUCGAGGGACUAGAUCCACGAGAAGUCGCACCAAUUAUCAAUCAUCAGUCUAGUAGUUCUUGGUGAGGCCUGUCUAAGGCCAGAUAGAUUGGCAUGGUUAGGUAGAACCGCCCAAUCCCCUCCAUAAAUACGUAACCCCCGCAGGAAUUGUUAAUAGGAUAGUGAUGGCAAACAGAAACCCCCCGGGCUUCAAAGGGCCAUAGCAUAGGAGUCGAUAAAAGUCAUAAAAUCGUUCCAAUAUUACGUAGAAUUUGUCAUUUUCUUCGAGAGAUUUCUCUCAUUUCGCCCUUCUUAAUUUUAUGAUGUUAUUGUUUCUGUACCUUAUUUUGAGUUUCUCUUCCCUCGAUCGGAUCAAACUCCUACAUCUGUCCCUGCGUGGGGUUGUCUCAUUCUGAGGGAAGGAAGAGAGCACAGAAGACUGCACUUUCCCUGAAAAUGGGCAGCAUAUCCACAUAGAUCAUCGUGCCGAUUUUAGUCCAAUUAAGUGAUUCCGGAACUGCAGCUGGCAGAUGAGUUGGGCUCUUCCAUCUGUGCAAGCAAGAACUUACUAGUUCUUGCAAUGAACGUAGCCAAGUAAGUUUUAUCCUUGCAGCAAUCGAUUUUCGGUCUCAGCAAUCUUCGAAACUCCGAUUCGAUAAAAGGCCGAGACAGAUUUGAACCUUAGCAGCCUAGAACGACUGUCACGGAUGGGGGGUCGGCGACUCUCACCACCUUUGUUCUUUACUCUGCAUCCGCGAGAAGAAAGCCUCCUAUUAUUCGGAAAAUGGACAGCACAAGUGUGUUAAUGAGGAAGCCUGCAAAUGGAUCUGUGAAUAAAAAGACCACCCGAGCGACCCAUUUCAUCAUGUCACCGUGUCUCUGUCUCUUUCAACUGGGCUUUUACUACAAAUUCGUUAGUGAAUUCAUAGCUUAUGAGGACAUCAAAUUUAUAUCAUUUGGAUUUGGAUUCGUCGGGACGAGCAAUUUGACUACGGACAUGGUGAUCAUGGAAAAGACGAGUAGUCCGUCCAGAUUUUUGAAUUUAGGGCGGUUAGUGGAAGUGAAAAAUGCAGCCUCAGCAAGUCGGUACUGGAUCGAUCCUGAAAGUAAUUUGAACAUUGCAAGAUUAAGCAUUCGUUUUUUUCUUUUCUAUUUGCAAGAUUAAUAUACGUGGCGAGCUUGAGCCAGACUUCAGUAGAAAAUUCAGGAACAGCAGCAGGCUUGGAUAUUAAACUCAGCUCGAUUCGCAAAACAAUGUUCUCAACCUGCUCCAGGACUUGCAGCAUUGGAAGCGAGCUCUGCCACGCCAGCGGUUGAUAGAGCCAUGGUCAGGUCUGAUUACGACACUCUAUGGUAUUUGUAUAUUUAGUGAAAAUUCUGGAUUGUAUACGUGUAUGUGAUGCAUGCCAUCAUUUUUCCAUUAUGGUAUAUGAUGUUGAUGUCACAUUAUCAAGGAGUUGGCAUGAUCUACACGACAUGUUCCUCUUUCAUAUGUGUGUGUGUGUGUUCGAGCUGGGAGAGGAUUGGAAGCAAGGGUAGAAAGACCCAUCAACAGGGAGUUAAUGAUAUGGCGAGCCCAACCGAUCAUUGGAAUUAAGACGGGUGGUUGGAAGAGAAGGGAAGAAGGAUAUAUACAGCGCCUUUAUGAUAAAAACCAGGCAGCAAACAAUUUCGCACACAUCAUCACCCAUCACCUCGUCGUACGGAGACAAAAAAUGGUAGAUUUGGAGAAAGAGUUGGCAGCAAUGAGAGAGUACUACAGCAGCGGGAACACAAGGGAUGCUUCUUGGAGGAGGGCCCAGCUCCGUGGUCUGCUCCUCCUCCUUCACGAGAACCAGACCGAGAUCUUCAAUGUCCUGAAGCAGGACUUGGGGAAGCACCCUGCCGAGGCUUACCGGGAUGAGAUAGGAAGCACGAUAAAAUCCAUAAAUUAUGCAUUGGACAAUUUGAAAGGAUGGAUGUCCAGCGAAAAGGCUAAACUACCGAAGGUGGCCUUAUUAACGACUGCAGCGAUAGUUCCCGAACCACUGGGGCUUGUCCUAGUCAUCUCAUCUUGGAACUUCCCCAUUGGACUGUCCAUUGAGCCACUCAUAGGAGCGAUUGCUGCAGGAAACUCGAUGGUCUUGAAACCUUCAGAGUUGGCUCCUUCAUGCUCUUCUUUCCUUGCCCAGAAGAUACCUGCUUACUUAGACAGUAAUGGGAUCAAAGUCAUAGAAGGCGGUCCAACCGUAGGCGAACAACUCUUGCAGCAGAAAUGGGACAAGAUCUUCUUCACAGGAAGUGCCGGAGUCGGAAGAAUCGUGAUGGCUGCUGCCGCGAAACAUCUAACCCCCGUGACUCUGGAGUUAGGCGGAAAAUGUCCUGCUAUUGUUGAUUUCCUGUCGAGCUCCUGGGAUAUAGAGGUGGCUGUUGAACGAGUUCUCGGGGCAAAGUUCAGUGCCUGUGCUGGGCAAGCAUGCAUAGGCAUCGAUUACAUCCUCGUGGAGAAGAAAUUCUACCCAACUUUGGUUGAACUAAUAAAAAUCAAGUUGAAGACGAUGUUCGGUGAAAAUCCUAGAGAUUCGCACAGCGUUGCUAGAAUUAUAAACAGGCAUCAUUUCCUGAGAUUGAAGUGUCUUUUAGAUGAUCCGAACGUCAGAGCUUCCAUCGUCCACACCAAAAAGAGUCAAGAGGUGUAUAUCGAGCCAACGAUCUUGGUAGAUCCACCACUCGAGUCCAUGAUCAUGGAGGAUGAGAUUUUCGGUCCAUUACUCCCUAUAAUCACAUUGCAGAAGAUUGAAGAUAGCAUCGAGUUCAUAAGAUCGAGGCCUAAACCUCUCUCUCUUUACGCAUUCACCAAUGAUAGAAGCCUCAGGAAGAGGAUAAUAUCGGAAACAUCAUCGGGAAGUGUGGUUUUCAACGACGCACUGAUUCAGUAUUUAGCUGAUACUCUCCCGUUCGGAGGAAUUGGAGACAGCGGGAUAGGCAGGUACCAUGGAAAGUUCUCUUUUGAUGAAUUCACCCACUACAAGGCGGUCGCUUGGAGAAGCUUCCUCGUCGACUUCUGGUUCCGGUUCCCUCCAUGGAACGAUCACAAGUUGCAGCUCUUCCGGCACUGUUACGAAUAUGACUAUCUCGGAGUAAUCCUCACUGUCCUACGACUCAAGAAGCCGAAGCCGAGCUCAGCCUCUUGAGUGCAGUUAUUCAGUUAGAUUGGUGUGCUCAUGUGUGCACCCAUCUCAGUCAUUUCAAGGAGUAUAACGUGAUUUGUUCAAUUAUCUCAAUGUCGUGCAGUAAAUACACAGUCCGAUAUGUACGAAUUUACGCCAUAAAAUAGCCGAAAUACAUCUCGUUUUUUUGUGAACAUA